AUGAAAGAGGAGAGAGAAGAGAAGAGGAGCGAGCGAGAGAGAGAAGAAAGCGGCGCUAUUUGUACCAGGCAGGCGCGGCGGAAAGACGGCGGAAAGAAGCGGGCGGGAAAGCAGCAGGCGAGCAGGAAGGAGCGAAGGAGCGCAGGAAACGCAGGGCAACCGCACCGUGAACAGCACCGCCAGGGCGCAGAUAGACGCCGCGCUCCAGAAACAGCGGCGGUGGAGGUGGAAACAGAGGCUGAAACUGGCGCACGCUUUGUUGAGAGCGAAACGAGAGCGCAGCUAGCACAGCUAGGACCAACCGCAGCACUAUAUAACCCAUUUAGACCCAACCAGGCCGGCGGCCGCAUCGGCACAAGCGCCAGCUCUGGCCAGCUUGUUAGGGCUACUUAG